CUGGCAGGUGCUGGGGGCCGGCUCUGAACCUCCUCUCUGCUGCCCACCAUGGCCCGGGGACUGCCCAGCGCUGCCAGCCUGGUGCGCUUCUGCCAGAAGGUGAACCGGGUGAGGCCCCUGGAGGAGACCACCAUGGAGACGUCACUGCAUCGCUGCCUGUCCAUGCUGGACCUCACCCUGCUUGGCGUGGGGGGCAUGGUGGGCGUGGGCCUCUAUGUGCUCACGGGCACCGUGGCCAAGGAGCUGGCCGGCCCAGCCGUGAUCGUGUCCUACGCCGUGGCCGCCGUGGCCUCCCUGCUGGCCGCCCUGUGUUAUAUGGAGUUCUGGGCCCGCGUGCCCCGCACGGGCUCUGCCUACCGCUGCACCUACGUGUCCAUGGGUGAGCUGUGGGCUUUCCUCAUCGGCUGGAACACGCUGCUCGAGUACCUCAUCGGUGGCGCCACCGUGGCCUGGGCUUGGAGCGGCUACCUGGACGCCAUGGUCGGCCACCACAUCCGCAACUUCAUUGAGACCUACCUGGGCGUCUGGCAGGUGCCCUUCCUGGCCCACUACCCAGACUUCCUGGCUGCCACCAUCCUCCUUCUGGCCACCAUCUUCAUCUCCUGUGGAGCCCGCGUGUCCUUCUGGCUCAACCGCAUCUUGUCACCCAUCAGCCUGGGCGUCAUCCUCCUCAUCAUCAUCCUGGGUUUCAUCCUGGCCCGCCCGGAAAACUGGAGCUCCCAGGAGGGCGGCUUUGCACCCUUUGGCUUCUCGGGCAUCCUAGCGGGCACCGCCACCUGCUUCUACGCCUUCACGGGCUUUGAUGUCAUCACCACCUACAGUGAGGAGGCUCGGAACCCACAGCGGGCAGUGCCCAAGGCCAUCGCCUUCUCACUGGCCCUGGCGGCCACUGCCUACAUCCUGGUCUCCACCGUGCUGACCCUCAUGGUGCCCUGGCCCAGCCUCGAACCAUACGCAGCCCUGGUCGAUGCCUUCAACCUGCGUGACUACACUUGGGCCGGGGGCAUCGUGGCGGCCGGCUCCGUCUCCGCCAUGGCCACUGUCCUGGUCAGCAACCUCUUCUCCCUGCCGCGCAUCACCUACGCCAUGGCGGUGGAUGGGCUGCUCUUCCAGGUGUUUGCCCGUGUCCAUCCUCACACGCGGGUCCCCGUGGUGGCCAUGCUGGUGUUUUGGUUCCUCAUGGCCACCCUGGCGCUGCUGCUAGACCUCGAGGCACUCGUGCAGUUCCUGUCCAUCACGUCGCUGCUCACCUACACCUUCGUGGCUGCCAGCGUCAUCGUGCUGCGCUUCCGGAAGGCCUCUCCACCCAGCUCCUUCUCAGGCCACGUGCAGCCAGUGGAUGAUGCACAGGCCAUGGCCCCUGAGCCUGGGCGGUUGCGGCCAGCCCUGAGGCCCUACCUGGGCUUCCUGGACAGUUGUGGCCAUGGAACCACCGUCGCCUGGGCGCUGGGCCUCCUGGUGGCCUCGGCCGUCACCCUGGGCUGUGUGCUGAACUUCGGGGACUCGGUCCUGCACCUGCCUCGCUGGGGCUACAUCUUUUUGCUUCUGUCCAGUGGGGUCGUCUUCCUGCUCAGUCUCGCCAUCCUGGGGGCCCACCAGCAGCAGCACCGGCAGGACAUUUUCCAGGUGCCCCUGGUGCCCCUGACGCCGGCUCUGAGCAUCCUGCUCAACAUCUGUCUCGUGCUACAGCUGAGCCUCCUGACCUGGCUGUGCUUCUGUAUCUGGCUGCUGAUUGGACUCACCCUGUAUUUCGGCUACGGCAUCCGGCACAGCAAGCUGAACCUGCGGGAGUCCUCGGGUAGAGACAGCCAGGUGGAGACGGAGCAGGAGAUGCAGCCACUCAGCCGGCUGCCUGCCCAGGAGCCUGGCCACACGGAGCAGCCCAUCAGGCAAUGA